AUGGAACAAGAUUUUCCCACCUUCAUCCGCCCUUGCAAACUCCGAGGCAACUCUUCUGCAAGUUCUCGUCCUCUCAUUCCCGGCCCUGCUGGUGUUGUCCAGGCCGCCAUGAUUCAACGCAGCUCCACCACCGACGGACACCUCAUUCCAACCCAACAAUUUGUUAGGCGCGUCGUCGAAGACGGUCACGACACUGAUCCCGAUUUUCACUCCAAUGCUUGGCUUUCAGCCCUGCAAUUAGGCGGAUCUGCAACUCCUCUGGGUUCAAUCACUCACCAUCUAGAAAGGGUCGAUCUCAUCGUCGCAGUUAUCAAAUCAUGCACGCCAAACGGAUUCGGCGAUGUGUCAGUUACCCUGAAGGUAUUUCCAUCUUCCGCGUUCGAUUUCAUCAAUGUCAUGGUAUUUAAAUGUCCUCUGUCAAUGCCAUAUGGGUUUGAGUUUCAGGAUCCUACGGGCACUGUCGGUGCUAGUGUCCAUCACAAGGUUUUCACUGAAAGCGAAUUCGCGAAGGACAUAAAUGUUGGAUCUGUUAUGCUUAUCCAGAAGGUAGCUGUGUUUUCUCCUAGAAAAUCUAAUUGUUACCUGAACAUAACAUUGCCCAACAUAGUUAAGGUAUUCUCCAGUGACUGUGGACCUCCAUCUGAAACAUUCACCGACAUUACAGAAGAUUGA